AUGAAUCGCCUGCUGCGGCAUUCACAGAAGCUUGCUGCAUUGGGUUUCGCCGCCAGUGCCGCUAUCUCCUGGACCAUGCAACCCUACGUCGAGGUAUUCACACGCUGGAGCCAAAUGCGAAUGAAUAAUGGUCGUGAGCUGGCACCAACGCAGAGAAUCUGUGGCCUCUGUGAUCGGGUCUGCACCCGUCUCGGUGUACCACCUCAUUUGCGUCAGCAGUUGGAUCUAUUUUUCACUGACUCGGCAGAAUGCGUAGCCUUGGGUAACCUCAACGGUGAUCCUGAAGGCUACGCCUUUGUAGGACUGCCCUAUUUCUCUCGAUACGCUACGGAGUCGGAGAUUCCCCUGGAGAACCUCGAGUUUGCCACGUAA